AUGUCCGUCACUCCGAUGGCCGGUUUUGUUGAAAUAGCCGUGCCUAGUAAUCAUUGGGAAGGUCACAAGUGCCGUUAUUCUAGUCCCUGGUGAUAUCAAAGCCAAGCCUACUUCCCCACAAUCUCGGGAGAAUUGACGACGCGGGGUUGUAACCUCUCCAAUUGAAAAGCAGCGUCUGUGAACACCAUCUUGGCGAGCAAGGGUUCAAAGACCAGUUCAGUGUCAGUUCGCCAAGAAUACGCAGGUGAACACCUGGGAUACGAUCCUCUGAGAGUGAAAUUGGAUUGCAGUCACAUUUACAACCCUGAUGUCGGCCGUUUCAGCCCUCACGGUCAAAUCCGCCAAACACUGGACAAUCGGCACCGAUGUCCAAGGCUCCGAACGGCUCAAUGGCGUAAGCUAUCAAGAAGAUGCCCUCAUUACAUAUGGAGACUAUCAAUAUGUUACCUUUUACGAAACUGCCCCAGCGGGAUACCUCAAUCAUUUCGUGAAGCUGGGACGCAGAAAAGUGUCGCCUGGUGUCGGCGACUGGGAAUUCCUCACCCUUGAUGACUAUACUCAGAAGACAAUGGAUGGUCAUAACAUGAUCUCUAUGGGUAUUUCUGGAGAUGGAAAAAUUCACCUCAGCUUUGAUCAUCACGAUGUCCCAAUCAAUUACCGUAUCUCGAAAAGAGGUAUCGCAAAAGAUGUUCCCUCGGAAUGGACCUCAGAUCUCUUCGGUCCCGUCGUCCAUGAGCUUGUUGGGUCUCAAGGACCUUACUCGCCGCUGACAUAUCCUCGAUUUGAGCCUUUGAGUAACGGUGACCUUCUGCUGGAGUUCAGAAUUGGGCAGUCUGGGUCAGGCGAUAGUUACAUUCAUCGCUAUAGCGCAUCAACUGGAAAAUGGCAAGCGUACGGAAUGUACAUACAAGGUGAUGACAACAACGCGUACAUCAACGGACUAGAUUACCUAGAUGGAAAGUUGUAUACCUCAUGGACUGUCAGAGAAACACCGAACGCUGACACCAAUCAUGGUGUUUAUUUUGUCUACUCGAAUGACGAUGGUAAAACAUGGUUCAACACGAAUAAUACCAAGCUGGCGAAACCCAUUUCAACUUCUGAUGAGAGUACUUUGAUUUGGGAUGUUCCUCAGAACAGUCGCAUGGUCAACCAGGAGGGACAGCUCAUUGACACCAAGGGCCGGUUCCAUAUUCUGAUGAGAGACUUGUUGUCCGGAGGGCAUUUGUAUCAACACUAUCUCCGAAAUACUGACGGAACAUGGACCAAGAAUGCCAUCAACCCCGCUGGCCUCAAUGGCCCUGAUCUGUACGACCCAAGAGGCAAACUUGCCGGCGACGCAAGCGGCGAAUACUUAUUCGGUCUUCUACCUGAUCCUGUCAAGCAGUCAACAGGUAUUUAUGUUGCUACCGCCUCCAAAGAUUUCAAGGACUGGAAGAGUCUGGCUGAGAUCCCGAAUACGUCGACGGAGCCCCUCUUCGAUAAGACGAGACUUCAUGAAUCGGGAGUUUUGAGUGUGUUUAUUGCGAUAACGUUCACACUUUCAUACAUUGCCUUUCCCAUGAGACGGACGCCACUUAAGAUGCAGGCACUCAUUCAGAAGCAAAUAGAAAAUGCCAUCGCGCUGAGGAAACCGGCGUCCUCACUUCCGUGGCGACCCGACGAACCCUGGAAGCAGCCUUUUUACAGGUGGAGCAGCAAAGCGAAUGGAUGGCAGCAGCUUCAAGCAUCUGAGCCCUCACCAAAUAAGUUCAAAGCCACCAAGCUCGCUAUUUACAGCUGGAAUAUCGACUUUAUGUUGCCUCAUGGCGACAGCCGAAUGAACUCAGCGUUGAAGCAUUUGGAAGAGCUGAGUCACCAGCAUCGAUCUGAUGAGCAGACGGCGGUUGUCAUCAAUAUUCAAGAAUGCGUACCAUCUGAUUUAACUCUGAUUGGUGAGAAAAGUUGGAUUCGGGAUGCUUUCUACCGAACAGAUGUUGAUACUGCGAACUGGGCUUCGGGCGCUUAUGGCACAACGACGCUGAUCGAUCGUCGGCUGGAAGUCCUGUCCUGCUUUCGAGUGCAUUACUCGGCCACUCGGAUGGAGCGCGAUGCCCUCUUUAUCGAUGCGACAAGUAACGGCCAGAAGCUUCGGCUUUGCAACACUCAUCUCGAAUCUCUUGCAAUGGAACCACCACGUCGCCCCGCCCAAAUGCGGCUCAUCGCUUCACACAUGCACGCCGACGACCUUUCCGGGGCUGUCGUAACGGGCGACUUCAACGCUAUCCAACCAUUCGACAGAGCCCUUCACACAGACAACAACCUUGAAGACGCAUAUCUUAAGCUCGGGGGCAAAGAAGGCGACGGUAGGGAUGAUAACGAAGGGUAUACCUGGGGACAGCAGGCUUUACCGGAACUGCGACAGCUAUUUGGCUGCUCACGCAUGGAUAAGGUGUUUUUCUGUGGUAAUGGACUUGAAAUUUUAGAGUUUGAGAGGUUUGGUGCUGAUGUUGAGCCGGAAGAGUCGGAGGAGGAUGUUCGGAAGGAUUUGCUGUCGUUUGGUUUUGAGAAGCCGUGGAUCACUGAUCAUCUUGGCGUCAAGGCUGUUUUUGAGAUCAAGAGUUGAACCAACACUUUAUCUGUUCGUAUCAGCACGAUUAGACAAGAUCAAAGAAGAGGCAAGGUCAAUCUUCAACGCCCAACUCAUGAUCACCAAUUAAGACACAACAUUGAUAGCUUUCUAAAUUCGUAAGCGCAGUAAAGAUUGAG